AUGUCACGUACAGCAGCUCUCUCCUCCUUUGUGGACAGUGCGCCACCUGGUGAGCUCGCCGAUGUCACCAAAGCAAUCAAGUCAAUCCUCGGCGACGACUCAGUCCAAAACGAACUCUCGCCCGCCUUCCAAAAGUACAACGAAGAGCAGUUCACCACAACGAAGCUCCCCGGUGGCAGCACCGAGGUCCUAGUCAGUGAAUACAACUCGUUAGGAGACGGCAGGUACUACGACAUCGACACACAAAGCUCCUUCGACUUUGACCAUGCGACGGGCAAGGCGAGCGCGGUCCAGAGUUAUGUUGUGGAAAGCGCGCAGGAGGAUCUUCUGAAAAGCCUCAACAAGUCCCUCAGUACCCACGCCUCCGAACAUUACCCCAAGUCCUCCCACGGCGUCUACCCCGUCCCCUCCUCCCCCUCUUCGCUUGCCAUCAUCACCGUCGCAAACAAGUACUCCCCCACAAACUACUGGAACGGCCGCUGGCGCAGCUCCUACAUCUACGACACGUCCUCGGGCUCCAUCACUGGAAGCAUAAAAGUCGACGUGCACUACUACGAAGAUGGAAACGUGCGCCUCCUUACUACCAAGGAGGUCAACUUGAGUGCUGGCGGCAGUGCGAAUGGAAGCGAGGUCAUGAGGAAAAUCGCUGCGGAGGAGAAGAAGUACCAGGAGGAUCUCAACAAGGCGUUUGGUAGUCUGAGUGAGGGAGCGUUCAAGGCGUUGAGAAGGCAGUUGCCUAUUACGAGGCAGAAGAUCGAGUGGGAGAAGAUUAGUGGAUAUAGGUUGGGUCAGGACAUUGGUGGUGGAAGGAGGUGA